AUGAAUCGUUUUGCUAUUGCUGAGAGCCGCAUUGGCGGCUUGGUCACAGUGAUGACUCCAGUUUCAUUGGCCUAUAUCUUCUGUCUAUGGUCAGGGCGAACGGUUCCCAAACUGGAUCAUCGUGCAGUGGCAUCGACAUGGUCGUUUUGUUCGAAACUUCGCGAGGCUAGGAUUUUUAUCCCCAUUACCAGCCUCAGAUCAAAAUCGCCCAAGUACACGGUGCCCACGGCGAGCAUUCACCCCGAAACCAUCGCAGUCAAGCCAACAGCCCCGAUCAAGGUCAAGCCUUUUUGGGGAAACCCAUUUUACAAAGCACCGAAAUUGCCACCAGGUCAAGUAUGUGCGCUUGUGGUUAUCAUGAUGAUCUGUUUUGCGACCCUUGUUUGGCUCUUUGUCGUUUGGACGGGACAGUCGACAAUUGAUGGGCAGUUUGAUGGACAGUCCGGUGAGAAGCUUCUCCUUCAUAGCACUCACAACGAGGGCCUUGGUUUAAUUGGGGAACCCGAAGAGGAUGAAGCGACUGUAGCGAAAUCAAGUAGCAUCAACCGCCAUAUUAAACACAUGAGGGAUUCUGCUGACAAGAUGAAAGAAAACUGUGACACUCUUGAUGAGACACACAAACAGAUUGAGACGAAGUUCGAUAGCCUGAGUUCCUCGAUAGAAUCUCUCAACGAGAGACAAGAAAAAGAAUCUAUCCUCAAGAAACAGGAGAAAGAAUCCGCCGCCGAGAAGCAAAAAGGACAUUUCGAGAAAGACGAUCCACAACUGGGGAAGCUAAUUAAUAAGUUUGAAACUCAAGGUCAACAGAUGCAGUGUCAGUUUCGGUUUUCGGACACAGGCUCGCUGGGGUACGACUCCAUGCCAGGCUCAUUUUCAACGACAAAUGACCGAACCCAGUCAGAAAGACCAUAG